AUGGUUUUAGCGCGCUGAGAAACUUAUGCGGUCUCUGGAUGCCCCCAAACCGAAGGAGAUAAAGUCCGCGGCGAUAAAAUGAUGGGAAAUGCUAUUCUUUGGUGGAGCAGCUUAUCUGUCAGACUAGUGUCUGUCUGCUUGCUGUGCACAUCAGUUGGAAAGCAAUGUCAGAUCCGAAAUGAAAUGGCUGACUGCAGUCACCUAAAGCUGACUCAAAUACCUUCUGAUCUCCCAAGCAAUAUAAUGGGUUUGGACAUUUCUCAUAAUCAGCUAAAACAGCUAGGUCCUGCAAAUCUGACCAAGUACAGCCAGCUGGUUUACUUGAAUGCAGGCUACAACAUCAUCUCUAAACUGCAACCAGACCUGUGUCAAAAUGUGCCUCUGUUGCAGAUUCUGAGGUUAGAACAUAACGAAUUGUAUAAGCUCCCUGAAAGAGUCUUUGCUUCCUGCACCAACCUGACCGUGCUCAAUCUAGGAUACAACAGAAUAGACAUAAAAAAUGAGCCUUUCAAAACCCUGGAGAACUUGAAUAUUUUGGACCUAUCUCAUAAUUUUUUGAAGUCAGCAAAUUUAGGAUUGCAGCAACAGUUGAACAACCUUCGUGAACUUAUGUUGGAUAAAAAUCAAAUCACUGAGCUAAAAAGGGAAGACUUCAGUUUUCUUAGCAACACCUCAUUGAAUAGUCUUGAUUUGUCAUCAAAUCCACUGAAAGAGUUUCACAUAGGAUGUUUACAUGCAAUUGGAAAUCUGUUUGGCCUCAUACUAAAUGAUGUGGACCUUCAUGAAAACGGUUCAAAAAAACUUUGUACAGAAUUAUCAAACACAGCGAUUCAGAACCUCUCACUCAGCCAUGUGAAGCUUUCAUCCAUUGGCAAGUCAACUUUCCAGGGACUGCAAGAAACGAAUCUCACAGUUUUAAACCUUUCCCAAAAUUCUCUGUCUGUGAUAGAAGAUGACUCAUUUCAGUGGCUUUCAAGUUUACAAUACUUAAACCUAGAGCAUAAUAACAUUCACUUAUCUUCACGUUUAUUUUAUGGAUUAUCCAGCCUCAAACAUCUGAAUCUGAUAAGUUCACUUACUGGGAAAAUAGAAGAUUUUUCCUUUCAUUGGUUAUACCACCUGGAGUACCUGAUAAUGGAUAAUAAUAAUUUUGCAAGAAUUACCACUAAUACGUUCACAGGUCUGAACAACCUGAAAUACCUCAGUCUCUGUAACUGCAACAUCAACUUACAAAGAAUAACUAAUAAAACAUUUUUGUCACUUGCUAAUUCCAGUUUGCAGGUUCUCAACCUCACAAAAACAAGAAUCUCUACAAUAGAAAGUGGGGCAUUUGCCUUCUUGGGACACCUGAAAAUUCUUGAUCUUGGUCUCAACGAAAUUAGACAAGAGCUUACAGGUCAUGAGUUUAAAGGUCUCAAUAAUAUACAAGAUAUUUAUCUUUCCUAUAAUAAAAACCUGUCUUUGCGAAGUGAAUCAUUCAUUUUUGUUCCAAGCCUUAGAAAACUGAUGCUGAGGAAAGUAGGCUGCAAUAAUCUGGCAAUUUCUCCUUCACCUUUUCAUCCUCUACAAAAUCUGACUGUCCUAGACAUCAGUAAUAACAACAUAGCAAACUUAAAAGAAGAUGUGUUUGAUGGACUUCACAGACUUGUAAUUCUGGAUUUGCAGCACAAUAAUUUAGCCCGACUUUGGAAACAAGCAAAUCCAGGUGGCCCUGUUCUUUUUUUAAAAGUUCUUCCCAACUUGUGUAUUCUUAAUUUAAAAUCAAAUGGGCUUGAUGAGAUUCCAGUUCAGGUUUUCAAGGGUCUGCUUCAACUAAAAAGCUUGGAUUUAGGGUCAAAUAAUUUGAAUUUGCUUCCAGCAACUCUGUUUGAUGGCCAAGCUUCUCUGAAUUCAUUGAACCUUCAGAAAAAUCUGAUAACCUCUGUUGAAGAAAAAGUGUUUGGCCCAGCUUUCAAGAGCUUGAGAAUACUAGAAAUGGAUUCCAAUCCAUUUGAUUGCACCUGUGAAAGCAUUGCCUGGUUUGCCGAUUGGCUUAAUGUGACCCAAGCAUAUAUACCUGGGUUGAGGUCCCAGUAUAUUUGCAACACCCCACCUAAAUAUCAUGGUAGUCUGGUGUUGCAUUUUGAUAGCUCAGCCUGCAAAGACAGCGCUCCCUUUAAACUUCUGUUUGUGAUCACUACCACUACUGUGAUGCUAGUAAUUUUUAUUGUUCUUACCAUCCAUUUUGAAGGGUGGAGAAUAGCUUUCUACUGGAAUAUUUCAGUAAAUCGAGUACUUGGUUUUAAAGAACUUGACAGACAACAGGAAAGGUUUGAUUUUGAUGCCUAUGUUAUUCAUGCGAGAGAGGACAAGGAUUGGGUGUCUGAGAAUUUCAUCUCUCUGGAAAAAAAGAAGCACUUUAAUUUUUGUUUAGAAGAACGGGACUUUGAAGCAGGCAUAUCUGAAUUUGAAGCCACAAUUAACAGUAUAAGAACGAGCAGGAAGACUAUUUUUGUUGUGACUGAACAUCUCUUACAGGAUCCCUGGUGCAAGAAAUUUAAGGUGUAUCAUGCUCUUCAGCAAGCUAUUGAACAAAGUCGAGACUCCAUCAUACUGAUCUUUCUUCAUGAUAUCCAAGAUUACAAGUUGUAUCAUGCACUUCGCCUGAGAAGAGGAAUGUUCAGAUCUCGCUGCAUCUUGAACUGGCCAGCCCAGGAAGAACGAGUCAGUGCAUUUCAUCAGCAAUUGAUGAUGGCACUUAAAUCUAAUAGUAAAGCACAGUGAAUUUUGAAAGUACAGAUUUGAAUUAUGGAGUCAUUUUAUUGUGUACUUUCUGUCAUUGGAAAACUAUGAAGCCUUCAG